AUGGAGCCCGACCUGUUUGGGAUUUACCUGCUCCUGUCUCUCGCGCUCCUGCCCAGAUCCAGCUGCACCACCGCUAAGGAGAUCACCUGCCAGGAAAUAGCCGUGCCUCUGUGUAAAGGCAUCGGCUAUAAUUACACCUACAUGCCCAACCAAUUCAACCACGACACGCAGGACGAGGCGGGAUUGGAGGUCCAUCAGUUUUGGCCUUUAGUAGAGAUUCAAUGCUCACCCGAUCUUAAGUUCUUCCUGUGCAGUAUGUACACGCCGAUCUGUCUGGAGGACUACAAAAAGCCGCUCCCGCCAUGCAGGAGCGUGUGCGAGAGAGCCCGGGCCGGCUGCGCGCCCCUCAUGAGGCAGUAUGGCUUCCCUUGGCCGGACCGCAUGAAAUGUGAUCUACUCCCGGUGCAAGGCAACUCCGACACGCUUUGCAUGGACUAUAACAGAACAGACUCGACCACCGUGUCGCCCGUUCUGCCCAAGCCCACCAACCAACCAGCGAAGGGCUUCAACCCACCUAAAAUUAAGCCAGGUAGACCCAGUCCGCCUAGGAAGUACAAGCCGGCAGCGUCCCCCUGUGAGUCGGGAUGUAAAUGCUUGGAACCCAUGGUGCCGGUCAACACGGAGCGCCACCCGCUGUACAACCGCGUGAAAACAGGCCAGAUUACCAACUGUGCCAUGCCUUGCCACAGUCCCUAUUUCACCCACGACGAGAGGGCUUUCACCGCUUUCUGGAUUGGCCUCUGGUCCGUACUGUGCUUUGUGUCAACUUUUGCCACAGUUGCAACCUUCCUCAUUGACAUGGAGCGCUUCAAGUAUCCCGAGAGACCCAUCAUCUUCCUCUCCGCCUGCUACAUGUUCGUGUCGGUGGGCUACAUCGUCAGGCUCAUCGCCGGGCACGAGAAGGUGGCCUGCAGCAGGGACUUGGAUGUGGAGCACAUUCACUACGAAACCACGGGACCGGCGCUUUGCACGGUGGUCUUUCUCUUGAUUUACUUCUUCGGCAUGGCGAGUUCCAUAUGGUGGGUCAUCUUGUCUUUGACUUGGUUCCUCGCAGCUGGGAUGAAGUGGGGCAACGAAGCCAUCGCCAGUUAUUCACAGUACUUCCAUUUAGCAGCGUGGCUCAUCCCCAGCAUGAAAUCCAUAGCGGUACUGGCUCUGAGUUCCGUGGAUGGAGACUCCGUAGCCGGGAUCUGCUAUGUUGGCAACCAGAACCUUGACAAUUUGCGUGGUUUUGUCUUAGCCCCUCUGGUGAUUUAUUUAUUCAUAGGCACCAUGUUUCUCUUGGCUGGAUUUGUCUCUCUAUUCAGGAUCCGUAAUGUCAUCAAGCAAGGUGGCACCAAAACUGACAAACUGGAAAGACUCAUGAUUAGAAUCGGAGUCUUCACAGUGCUCUACACGGUUCCAGCCACCAUCAUUGUGGCGUGUUAUUUCUAUGAGCAGCACAAUAGGCAGAACUGGGAAAUAACCCAUAACUGCUCCAACUGUUUACACGAGAGGGACCGCAGUAGGCCGGACUAUGCCGUCUUUAUGUUAAAGUACUUCAUGUGCCUUCUGGUGGGCAUCACAUCCGGGGUUUGGAUCUGGUCCGGGAAGACUUUGGACUCUUGGAGGACUUUUUGUACCAGGUGCUGUUGGGGGAGCAAGGCCACGAGCGGCUCCAUGUAUAGCGACGUCAGCACGGGACUAACGUGGAGGUCCGGCACGGCCAGCUCUGUGUCUUGCCCCAAGCAGAUGCCAUUGUCACAGGUUUGA